UCAUCUCACCUCAGCAGUGUCUGGUGAUGCGCCAUUACCUUCCUUUUCCCCAUGACGGUGUCUGGUGACCCCCAUUAUCCACUCUUCUCCCCGGUACAGUCCCUAGUGACCCCUGUUACAUCUCCUUUUAGCAUAGUGUCUGCUGAGCCUCUGUGAACUCCCCAUCACAGUCUGGUGACUCCCAUCAGCCACCUACCACCGUGUUUGUGGGCCCACAAUCAUUACAGCCCAGGGCUUGGGGAUGCCCACAGUGCCCUUAAGGACACUCUUUGGUGCAACUGCCAUUUCCCCCAAACUAAGGCCAAUAUCUGAUGAUCCUCAUUCAUUCCCCAUCACCUGUCUGUGACUCCUCCCUCACCAGUUUCUGGUAACCCCCUUCUCCAUUAAAAGCCGGGACAGCCUCUUCAUGUCCCUUAUGUACCUAACAGGUGGCAGUGCAGUGUGUGCUGACUUCCCUGUUAGCCCCCAGCACAGAGACUUGUGGACUCCUGUGCCCUCCAGGACAGUGUUUGCUGCCUCUCAUUGUGUUGUCCCCCACCCCCACUCCGUCCCAUGCAGUGAACCGGAGACCUUGGCACUUAAGAGUGAGACAAACAGGAGGGGCUGAGCAGAGGAGGAACUGGAUCCACUUCAAGGAGCCCCAUGGCACCUGCCCAGCCCCACGUCAGCCCGUCUUGACAAAGUCCUAGGCUCCAUGGAUCCACCACGGGGCCCCCCUGCCAAUGGGGCCGAGCCAUCCCGGGCAGUGGGCACUGUCAAAGUGUACCUGCCCAACAAGCAACGCACAGUGGUGACUGUCCGGGAUGGCAUGAGCGUCUACGAUUCUCUAGACAAGGCCCUCAAGGUGCGGGGUCUCAACCAGGAUUGCUGUGUGGUCUACCGGCUCAUCAAGGGGAGAAAGACAGUCACUGCCUGGGACACAGCCAUUGCCCCCCUGGAUGGCGAGGAGCUCAUUGUGGAGGUCCUCGAAGACGUCCCGCUGACCAUGCACAAUUUUGUACGGAAGACCUUCUUCAGCCUGGCGUUCUGUGACUUCUGCCUUAAGUUUCUGUUCCAUGGCUUCCGCUGCCAAACCUGUGGCUACAAGUUCCACCAGCAUUGUUCCUCCAAGGUCCCCACAGUCUGUGUCGACAUGAGUACCAACCGCCGACAGUUCCACCACAGUGUCCAGGAUUUGUCCGGAGGCUCCAGACAGCACGAGGCUCCCUCGAACCGCCCCCUGAAUGAGCCGCUAACCCCUCAGGGUCCCAGCUCCUGCACCCAGCACCGUGACCCUGAGCACUUCCCCUUCCCUGCCUCGGCCAACGCCCCCCUGCAGCGCAUCCGCUCCACGUCCACCCCCAACGUCCAUAUGGUUAGCACCACAGCCCCCAUGGACUCCAGCCUCAUCCAGAGUUUCAGCACUGAUGGUGAGCCCCCCACUGCCUGCGCCCUGAGCCCGCCCGCCACCCUGCUUGCUUCCACUCACACCCUCUCCACAACCACAGCUGCUGGUAGUAGAAGUGGUGGUGAUGGAGCCUCCCGGGGGAGCCCCAGCCCGGCCAGUGUGUCCUCGGGGAGGAAGUCCCCACAUUCCAAGUCCCCAUCAGAGCAGCGGGAGCGGAAGUCCUUGGCUGAUGACAAGAAGAAAGUGAAGAAUCUGGGGUACCGGGACUCAGGCUAUUACUGGGAGGUGCCACCCAGUGAGGUGCAGCUGCUGAAGAGGAUCGGGACGGGCUCGUUUGGCACCGUGUUUCGCGGGCGGUGGCAUGGUGAUGUGGCCGUGAAGGUGCUCAAGGUGGCCCAACCCACAGCUGAGCAGGCCCAGGCCUUCAAGAACGAGAUGCAGGUGCUCAGGAAGACGCGUCAUGUCAACAUCUUGCUGUUCAUGGGCUUCAUGACCCGGCCGGGAUUUGCCAUCAUCACGCAGUGGUGCGAGGGCUCCAGCCUCUAUCACCACCUACAUGUAGCCGACACCCGCUUCGACAUGGUCCAGCUCAUCGACGUGGCCCGGCAGACUGCCCAGGGCAUGGACUACCUUCAUGCCAAGAACAUCAUCCAUCGAGAUCUCAAGUCUAACAACAUCUUCCUACACGAGGGGCUCACAGUGAAGAUCGGUGACUUCGGCCUGGCCACGGUGAAGACGCGGUGGAGCGGGGCCCAGCCCUUGGAGCAGCCCUCGGGCUCUGUGCUGUGGAUGGCGGCUGAGGUGAUCCGUAUGCAGGACCCGAACCCUUACAGCUUCCAGUCGGAUGUCUACGCCUAUGGGGUUGUGCUCUAUGAGCUCAUGACCGGCUCACUGCCUUACAGCCACAUUGGCAGCCGUGACCAGAUUAUCUUUAUGGUGGGCCGUGGCUAUCUGUCCCCGGACCUCAGCAAAAUCUCCAGCAACUGCCCCAAGGCCAUGCGGCGCCUGCUGGCUGACUGCCUCAAGUUCCAGCGGGAGGAGCGGCCCCUCUUCCCUCAGAUUCUGGCCACCAUUGAGCUGCUGCAGCGGUCACUCCCCAAGAUUGAGCGGAGUGCCUCCGAACCCUCCUUGCACCGUACCCAGGCUGACGAGUUGCCUGCCUGCCUACUCAGCGCAGCCCGCCUUGUGCCUUAGGCCCCACCCCCAGCCACCAGGGAGCCAAUCUCAGCCUGCCACGCCAAGGAGCCCUGCCCACCAACCAAUCAAUGUUCGUCUUUGCCCUGAUAACUGCCUCAAGAUCCCCCGUCUCCGCGCUGGAGAUGAGGGGGUCCCUCAUCUCCAUGUGCUUUUCUAGUUCCUCUGGAAUUGGGGGACCCCCCAAAGACCGAGACCCCUGCCUCCUCCAUAAUUUGGUUUCCUCUUGGCUUUGGGGAUACUUCUAAAUUCGGGAGCUCCUCCGACUCCAAUGGCUGGGAUUUGUGGCAGGGAUUCCAUUCAGAACCUCUCUGGAAUUUGUGCCUGAUGUGCCUUCCACUGGAUUUUGGGGUCCCCAGCACUCCGUGUGGAUUUGGGGGUCCCUGGUGUCUCCCUCGCCAUUCAAGGACUCCCCUCUUUCUUCACCAAGAAGCACAGAAUUCUGCUGGG